GCCCAACGACAACCCAGGAGGCCGAAGAGGAGCUCACGUGAGAUCGAAGUGUGACGGGCUUUGUGUUGCGCGAAAGACAGAAACUGUACAAUGAUAUCAUAAAAGCAGUAGAGAAAUGUAUAUACCAAUAGAUCGAUUGGUAUUCACUAUAACAACGUAAUUUAGAUGAAACUUGGCUGUUCACUCACCAUUCACGGCGACGGCUGUUUCUACAUCGGGAUGGGAGGUAAAAGCGCGAAACCCAAGAUUCCCUCCUAUGAGCCCUACCAGUGCUGUCCCACCAAGCUCGGCCACGGCACCAAGGUCGCCAAGGUCACCAAAAUCGGCCCGAUUACCAAGGACAAGGGCAAAUUUCAAGGUACCGGCAGAACGGAUAAGCCACUAUUGCCGGCUUUGAAGCCAAUAAACAAGCUCACGGCCAAGGAGAGCAAAAAAUCAGCAACGAUAUCGAGAAUCGACAGCGACGCGAAGGAAUCCAAGUCCAAGGCCAAAAGGGGAUUUUUCGGAAGCGUUGUGGCUGGAAUACCAUACCUCAUGAAGGUCUAAAUGGCCGACACGCACAUCGGCGUCUGGACGCGCGAGGUCGGGCUGUGAACGCCGAUUAGGAAAUGAAGAAAGAGGAC